AUGAAACACCAGCAUCAACGUCAAUAUACGUUUAACUAUAAUCGUAAAUCGUUGCCUCCUUCAAUUCCUGAUCCAAAAUAUGCAUACGGUUUUGAAGAAAAUGAUGCAGGAAAACUUGUUCCACAACAUCCACCUGAUCGAGAUGCAAGUUUAGGUCCUGCUUUUUAUAAUGCAUCAGUAUCUGUAGAGAAUGAUACAUCAAGACUUUAUCAUGGUGUCCAUUUUGGUAAAUAUUCAAGUAAACGUACAGAUUUUUCCGGAAAACUAGGUCCUGGUCCAGGUGAAUAUGAUCCAACUAAUCCAAUUAAACUUGAAGUUCAACAUAUGAAUAUGAAAACAUUGGAAAGACGACCAGAAUUACAAGUACCACGAUAUCCUGAUGUUAUGCUCAAAACAGUUACUAAAGAAAGUCUUCCUGGACCUGGUCAAUAUUCAAUAAAACGUGACCUUGAUCCUCAACUAACAAAAACUGAAAUAAUAGGAAUUGAAUUUGAACGACCACCAUUCGGUUCACAAACAAAACGUUUCGAUAGUUUUACAUCUGAAGUACCCGGUCCUGCAAGUUAUAAUGAUAAAGUCUUAACAGCAUUUAAUGAUAGUCAAACAAAACCAACGAGUCUUAAACGAACACCAUUUAAUCAAACAGCAGCUCGAUUUGUAUCAUAUGAUUACAAAUCGACAAGUGCACCAGGUCCUGGUCAAUAUCGUAUAGCUGGUUUUGCUGAUGAAAAUUUACGACGAGCAGUUGUUGAAGGUGGAAAAAAACCACCAUUCAAUGUUACUUCAAUACGUAAAUUAACUAUAACACGUAAAGAUGAUUAUAAUACACCAGGUCCUAACAGUUAUGAUAUUAAAAGUCAACCAUAUAAACCAAAAAUUGACCAUCCAUCAGCCAAUUUUAUUUCUAGCACUGCUAGAGAACCACUUAUUGAAGAUCUACCCGGUCCUACAGCAUAUGAUGUUCCACGUGCUUAUCAUGCAUUAAUAUCUCAACAUCGAAAAUCACCACGUUCAAAAAAUGCUCGUCAACGGCAGAGUCAAUUCUUAAGUGCUGCUAAACGAACAUUUGCUGGUGAAAUAUCAAGUGAUACACCUGGACCAGGUGCAUAUGAUGGUUUUAUUACUUCACGUACACAUGGUUAUGCACCUGUACGUUCUUCCCGGUUUUAUCAAGAUGUUUCCAAAAUGCCCGGUCCUGCUGAUUAUGAAUUAUCGCCACUUUUACAAGAUACUGUUCUUCGUGGAACAUUUAAUUCAACAUUAAAUAAUCCUAUUUUAGCUAAAUUACAAAGUCGUGCUUUAAGAGAUGAACAAGCAGCUAUUACAGAGUCAAGUUCUGUUCCAACAUUACCAGUUCCAGGUGAAACUAAUGGUGGUGUAGUUGCACAUGCAUAA